AGCAGCUACUGUGUGAAUCAUGAUUGUGAAUGGCAGAAGACUGUGGGUGUGAGGUUACGAAGACACCGUCUUGGUUUCAGUCUUUCAGACAGACCCGGGCGAAAUGGCUGGUUGUAAAGUUCAGCUGGAUUUUUCAGACUCUAGAUGUUCUUCAUGUGCAAGCCAUCCAUAUUAUAUCAUCCUGGGUCUGAUUCUUGUUCACUACGCUACACUCUCCAUGCAUUCUCAAGUAACUCAAGAGAAGUGCAAGGUAAACGAGAUUUCUUCCAAAUACGAGCAUUGUGGACUUCACCCAGAUGGAGUCCGUGAUUUGGACUGUUUUACUAAAAAUCCAUGGUCCAAAUUAAGAUGUAUGUGGAAACCUGGAAAACACGCAUCCAAAAAUACACAUAUACUCAUAAUACAACCACAAAAAGGAAACUAUUGCAGAGUUUAUAAAAACAUCAAUAAAUCUCGUGAAGAGAUCACCUUCUAUAAAAACCACUAUGUGACCAUUCAGAUUUUUGAAAACAGUCAGUCAAAAAAUUGCACCAAGGCAGUUUUUCAAGGUUCACCGGAGAGCCUGCAGCGAUGUGACCCUCCAAAUUAUGUGAAAUUCACACGGCACUCUGGGAAACUGGACAUAAAUGUGAGCUGGGAUCAAAACGAUGUCAAGCAUAUCAUGUCUUACUCUGUCAGAUACAAAGCACUGGGAAGCCUUCAAUGGAAUGAGUCACCUGGAAUGUCCCAGAAUAAAACUACAUGCAGAGUGGAGAAUCUAAACUCCUCAGUGGCCUACGCUCUACAGAUACACUGCAUCACCAAUACUAAAUGUACACAGUGCCCAUGGAGUGAAGCUUACACUGUGCCAUCAGAGGUGACAUCACAGCCGGUCAUCGUCAACUUUAAAGAAACUGAUGUCGCCAAUGAAAAGGGUACUCGCCUUGUUUCAAUAACCUGGAAGGUUUCUGCCAGAGACCUGCAUGAUGGCUACAUCGUGACCAUUGGGAAAGAGUCAGGAGAGGCCCCAAUUGAGCGGAUCGACACCAUUCAGCCCAGCAUCACACUGAUUCUCUCCUACUCAGCUUACAGUGUGAGCAUCCAGUCUUUCAACAACGUCAGCAUCUCUCCAGCUGUGAGCCAUAUAAUACCCCUCCGCGAAGACAUGGACAGUAUGGGAGAUGAUGAGCUGAACGUGACAGUCCACAAUAACACAUCCUUCAACAUCUACUGGAAAGACUUCCUUCUCAAAAAAUACGUGUGCUAUUGUGCGGAGUGGAGGGAAGAGAAGACUAAAACAGCGUACAAGUCCUUUUACCUUAAAGGCAAAAACUACUAUACUUUCUCUCUUUUAAAAGAACCCUUGAAGCCUUACAAGAGAUACACCGUCAGUCUGCACGUGCGACCGAAUAAGGACACCUGCAACAUGAAGCAUCUUAACAACAGCGAAGGAACGUUUGCAAGCACAAAGUUUUAUUUCAUGGAAGGCACUCCUGUGAGUGGUCCCGCAAACAUCAGCAGUUACAAUUUGACACAGAAUUCAAUGGUGCUGCAGUGGUCAUCCAUCCCAGAAGAAGACACCAGAGGCUUCCUACUGGGUUACACAAUCCACUACACUGAGAACCACCUGAGGGGAACAGAAUCUGAGAACAACAUUACAGUGGAUCCAAAUGUUAACAAGUAUGAACUAAAGGAUCUUACAAGUGGCACAACAUACCAAGUCCAGAUAUCAGGUUUCACCUCUAAAGGAACAGGAAAACGAAGUGAACCCAACUUUUUUACAACGACUCAAGAAGGAAGUUUUAAAUUCACUAGUAUUAUUGCAGCCAUUGCAGUUUUGGCUGCUGGACUGAUAUUUGGACCACCAAUAAUAAAAAGAGCAAAAGUUGUCCUCUGGCCAAGCAUACCUAAUCCUGGAAAGAGCAAUACAAUGCAGAAAAUAGACAGGCCCUGUGAACUGGAACUCCUUGAGGUAAUCAAUACUCUGAAGGCUGAAGAAUGGGAAACAAAAAGUCUCCAUAUAAUUGAGAAAGAAGCUGUCGGCCCUGCCACGAUAUUGCCAGCAAUGCUACCGCUUCUUUGUGGCUUAGACAAACGGGGAGAUUCACCAGGAAUUACUUGUAACUGGAUCCAAACAGAGACAGAUGAUGCAACUGGCAAUACAUCUCCCAACAAUACUACAGACACAUUGUUGGAAACCCAGCAGACAGACCUACAAAGUUUUCCUUUUCCCUUUCCAAGUGGCUAUACCACGAUGGAAAUGUUUCAGCACGUAAUGCCACAGAGCAUCACUGCCGUUACUCAAGACAUGGAAAGUGACCCAGAGGACGCAGACCUGACUGUAUUCAAUCCUAAGCCAGGACUGGACUAUGUAAGACAAUUUAGCACCAGUCCAGUCUCGGACAGUGACCACUUGUCCACUAUUUUGUGAUGAAGGUCAAACUGCAGAGCAUAAAGAGGAAAAAUCACUAUGUGAACAACUUAGUCUAAAAGGCCAAAGUAAGAACUGCUGCCCCUGACUGUUUCUGCUGUGGCUUAUGAAGAACAACAAUUCAGUUUACCAACAACAUGGAUUCAUUUGGCUAAUAAAAUCAGCAGAAUUACCAA